AUGUCUUCCACCAAGGCUCUCAUUGUUGCGGCUCUUAUCGCCUACGUCGAGGCUCGUUUCGGUCAGGAGCAGAUCCCCGUGGCUGCCGUCCAGGCUCUCGGCAGCUUUGGCAGCCCUGGCCAGGCCGCCACCCUCUCCGGCUCCGUCCCAGGUGUCCUUUUGGCCGCUGCCAAGGCAUGCGACAAGGUUAAGCUUGCCGACAAGAUAGUCGAGGAGCUCGGCAACGACCCGGCCGUCAUCUCGGCGGCCAAAGGUCUCUUGGUCGCCGAGAUGAACUUCAACCCCUUCGCCGUCAAGACCAACAAGAUCUGCGACGACGCCUCCCUGCCCGCCACUGCCGAGCUCCGUGGUGUCAUCCCCAAGGUCGACCCGGCCAGCGACCCCUCUGGUAUCCAGAACUCCAACGCCGAGAAGUCGGUCAAUACCCCCUUCAACGCCGACGGCCUCAGCAUUGCUGCCAUCAGCCAGGCCCAGGGCUUCUCCAACUUCAUCCUCGGUGACAGCGGGACUCUGGCUUCGGGUGGUGGUGCUGCGAACAACAGCAGCUCUGCCAGCGGUGGUGCUGCCAACAACAGCGGCGGUGCCAAGAAGGACAACCAGCAGAAGAGCAAGCAGCAGAACAGCUGCAACAGCGAGCAAAAGGACCAGCAGAACAAACAGCAGAACGACGGCCAGACCAACAACAACCUGGGUAAAAGCAACCAGGGUAACAACCAGGGCAACAACAAUGGCGGCGCUGCCAGCGGAGGAGCUGCUACCAACGGUACCGCCAGCGGUGCCGCCGACUUUGGCAAGUGCACGCCGACCAUCGACCUCAAGGGCGGACGUGGCAACCGCGCCGCGACUGAGUUGACCUUCCUGCCCACCGACGCCCUCGUCGCCCAGGGCCAGCAGGAGGCUCUCAACCCGAACAUCAUCACCAACCGUGUCUGCGACCAGCUGACCAACGUCUGCGGUGCCAACGCUGCUGCCAAGGCUCUCUGCCUCGAGGCCAAGGCUAAGGUCCAGGCUGCCGGCACCAAGGACCAGUCUACCGUUGAUCUCUUCAACAGCGCCCUCGGCUUUUAA